AUGCCUACCCUUCGAUCUGGCACCAACACUUCGCCUGGCACUUCGGCCGCGGCCGUUACCCAUGAAGACCCGACCGUUUCCCUCCGCCUCCCACCAUUUUGGAGUCAAGACCCGGAACUUUGGUUUGCGCAGGUUGAGCGCCAAUUCGACGCCCGGCAUAUCACAGCGCAGACGUCCAGAUUUGGCCACGCCGUUAGCGCCCUUCCAGUCGAAAUCGCUGCUGAAAUCCGUGAUCUCAUUCUCAGUCCACCAGCGCAAGCUCCGAAUGACACGCUAAAGCACGAGCUCCUUGAUCGAACAGCGCUCUCCAUCCAUCGCCGCUUACAACAACUGCUGGGCGCAGAGGAACUUGGCGACCAAAAGCCUUCACAGUUACUUCGCCGUAUGAGGCAGCUUACGGGAAGCACACCUGUUGACCCGGCAAUUAUGCAAGAACUAUUUCUUCAGCGCCUUCCAUCCGACAUACGCGUUGUCCUCACGGCUGCUGGUGAGGUGUCGUUGGAUGAUCUUGCCCGCCUCGCCGACCGCAUUCUCGACUUACGUACCACUCCAUCUUCCUCGGCAUCUCACCCAAUCUGCGCUUCGCGCGCUGCACCUCUUCUCCAUCCGUCUCAGCCAGCUGCCCUGUCCAUCCCCGAAUCCGCCGUUCAGCCUAUCGCCACAGACCUCACGGCGACUGUCAACAGCCUCCAGUGCCGCGUAAAUCGUCUGACUGAGUUAGUGACCGGCCUGACUACCCUUGUGGUAAAUGCAACCACGACACGCCACCGCUCACCAUCUCCCUUUCGCUUUCGUGGCCGUCAAUCCCGCACUCGCCAUUAUUCGCCACGUCGAUACCGCACGCCGUCACCAGCACAAAGUCCGCCAUCGCCCUUCUGCUGGUAUCACCGCACCUUUGGUGCGCACGCCCGCCAGUGCAAACCACCAUGCUCGUGGGCGGGAAAUGUUUCCCCCAGCACCUGA